AUGGGCUUCUUCUCGCGUCAGGCGGUGCAAUUGCGCGACUCGUCGGCACGCGAGGAUAUUGAGUUGCCGCUACGAAACACUGGCCAGGCGAAUGGUGCUGCUACAGCGCCGAACGAUACCCACGACAACAAAAACCCAGCACAGGAUCCGUCCUACAAACAAGUUCAGAGCCGGCGGAAAUGGAUCAUCAUCGCCUUGCUUGGUCUAAGUUUCCUGCUCUUCAGUGGAGUCAAGUACAAGAAGCCCUCGGUUGAGAAGAUCACCAAGCUUUUCAAAGGCGCAUUAGGGGUGCGCAAUGCAAAUAUGUACCUCCUUGUCCCGAACAUCCAAGCGACAGAGACCAUUGAUGUAAACACCUGCCGCUUGGUGCUCGGUGCUUCCGUGCUGGGAUAUCCCGUGCCAUGGUUUGUCGAUUAUGCCUCGGGACAGUCAGAGACGCAGCGAUUCCUCAACUUUCUGGAAGCGAAUACGCAGCCAGAGGAUAUGAUCGUGGUGACCAAAAACAGCUGGUUCCAGCUUCGUUCGGAGGUGCUGGUGCAAAGAUAUUAUGACAUUAUCACAAGAAACAACAAGGCGAAGAACCGGAAAGGUCCCGUCCAGACUGUUCUGAUGGCGAGUAAGCAAGGCGCUCCGAAUUGGCACCUCGCCAUGGGGCCGUCCAUUCACCUCCAGAACGUCUACAAGUACGCGAUCCAAAACAACUUCAAACUCGAGCAAGUCUACUCCGCUCAAUUCGACGAGAACAAGCCCACGGACUUGCCCGAGGACGUGAUCGACAUCUCCACAGUCGGCAUCGGUCUUGAUACCCAGAACGAACUGCUGGCCGACAUCACCACCCUACACGCGAUCAAACCCGAAAAGAAACCCGACUUCAUCACCUCGGAGCCCCCUUUCUGGACCGUCGCCGGCUUCGAGCACUCCGGCAUGCCGAACAGCACCUGGUCUCAAAUUGAAACCCUCGCGACUGACGAUGCCGCCCAUACCGUCCCGGCCGUGAUCCAAUACGACCCGUCGCUUACCGUCCCGGACAUCCAAAAAGCCUGGAGCACGCUCUGGUACCACGAGCACUCGCGCAAACUCCUCGACUUCGCCUCGCGCAAAGCCGCCCUGCCGCUCGCCGUCGUCGUCGACGCCUCCUCCAAGCCGCGCAUCGAGUGGCGAUACUGGAACCCGGAGGUGCCCUUCCGCGGCCAGAAGCUGCUGGGCGUCCUGCAUACCAAGGACCACCAGCUCCACCCAUGGACGGAUAUCUGCGGGGGCGCCGACGAGGCGCGGGCGAUUUUCGGCGAUGAGGAGGGGGCGUGGAAGGAGACGGAUGUGUGGACGGAGUGA